CGACUUCGUUGGACGACCAUGGAGAAGCGAGUCUCGCCUCCACAGGACCCUGGUACCAGGAGUCCCGAAGUGGUGACUUCAGCAAUCACAUCCGCCUUCGCGGCAGCCACCUCGCCAAUCAUUCCCCCGGAGGACGUCGUAACAGCCGCUGCACUCCUCCGUUCAGCAUCGUCCACAUCGGUCGAUUCUAAACGCAAGGCGUCGUCAGUGGCCACAGCGGCGGCCGCCGCUUCAGCACUCGAAGCAGCCAUGGGUCCCGUGCUGACCAGGAUGGACUCGCUCACCGAAGCAGGGUUCAGGAUCUUCGUCAUAACGGGCGACCGCAAGGGUGCCGGCACGGACGCCAAUGUCUGGAUGCGUCUGCACGACGACGCCGGCCACAAGUCGAACAUCAUCACGCUGAACCACACCUUCAAGAACGACCACGAACGAGGGGAGACGUCUUCGUUUUCGGUCAAGCCCAUCCUCAACUUUGGGGCCGUUUCCAAGGUGGAAGUAUGGCGUGACAGCUUCGGCUUCGGCCACGCAUGGUUCCUGGACCGCAUCGAGAUCCAGGAGCUCUUCUCCGGGGAACUGUACGUGUUCCCGUUCCACCGGUGGGUGCCCGCGGACCAACACCUCUUCCUGUCGCUCUAUGACUGCGUCCUGCCCCACGCCGACGCCCACCAGAAUCAGCGAAGGGAAGAACUCCAGCGGAAACGCAAGAAGUACCGCUACAAGACGUGGAUCCCUGACGGACCGUCUCAGAGCUAUCAGCUUCCAGAGGACGAGAGGUUCACGAACGAGUACAAGUGGGACAUCAUAUCGAUGAAGGCUCGAAUGAUGGUCGAAACCAAGCUCAUCAAGAUCAAGGUUCAGCACUGGGAGUCAAUGGACGACCUCAGGCGGGUCUACAAGUACAGCCUCGGCGAACCAAAGAGCCUCGACCACUGGAACGAGGACCGGUGGUUCGGACUCCAAAGAGUGCAGGGUGUGAACCCCUUCAUGAUCCGCCUCUGCAACGAAAUCCCAGAAAAGUUUGGCGUAGAAGACUACAUGGUGGAGCCUUUCUUGGAAGGCAUGAGUUUGAACGACGCCUUGCGGGCCAACAAGAUCUUCAUGACAGACGUCGGGAUCGUCGAAGACGUCCCGCUAAUAAACGGCGAAAUGCUGGGUGGUGCCAUGGCACUGUUCUUCCUGAACAAGCGCAACGACCUCAUGCCCAUCGCCAUCCAGCUGAGGCAGCAGAAGGCACUCGACAAUCCGGUCUUUCUGCCAUCCGACCCUCCCUACACGUGGAUCGUUGCCAAGAUGUUCUACAACAACUCGGAUGCCUGCUAUCACCAGUCGUGCUCCCAUUUAGGGUUCACCCACCUCCUCAUGGAGGGCGUGACCGUCUGUACCCAUCGGAACCUGAGUCCCUCUCACCCUCUCUUCAAGCUCAUGGCGCCCCACUUCCUCUUUCUGAUCGCCAUCAACUCACGUGGCAUCAGUAAACUCCUCAGUCCCGGAGGAUGGGUGGACAAGACGCUUUCGAUUGGAGUGUCCGGAAUGUUCGAGAUCAUUCGUCGUGGGUUGGAAUGGUGGAGACUGGACACGCAAGGAGAUCCUGAAAAAGACAUACAGUCGAGAGGAGUUCUGAGUCCAGACAUCUUGCCCUGGUAUCCCUACAGAGAUGACUCGAUCCGAAUCUACAAGGCAAUCAGAAAGUACGUCUCCAAGAUCGUCAUGUACUACUACGACACGCCUGAGAAACUGGAGAACGAUUACGAGCUUCAGCAGUGGAGGGACGAGCUCGUCAAGGAAAGACACCUGACUGGCGUCGGACUCAAGGGCGUGCCGGGCCAAGAGAAGGGGCGCUUCACGACGCAGGACGAAGUCAUCGACACCGUGGCGGCCAUCAUCAGCCAGUGCAGCGUCGCCCACGCUGCGGCUAACUUCCAGCAGUACGAGGACUACGCGUUUCCACCGAACUACCCGGCCUACCUGGACAGGGGACCUCCCAAGGACAAGAGGGCGCUGUCGGAGGACGACGUCGUGUCUCUGCUACCCUCGAAGCAGGUGACGCUCGACGCCAUGAUCAUCACCAAGCUGCUCAGCAGCAAGGGCACCAACUCCCUCGGCUACUUCGAGGUUCAGUACAUGUACGAACCGGCGGCAGUCAGCGCAGCCGAAGAGUUCAGGGAAGACUUGAAGCGGAUCAGCGACGACAUUAAGCAUCGGAAUUCUCUGAAGGAUCUUCCGUACCCUUACCUCGAUCCGGAGAUUGUGCCCAAUUCUAUCAGUAUCUAAAGAACGGAAUUUCUGCCUGGUCGAGCCGAGUCAGCGACCUCGAGUAUUAUUUAAAAGCGUCUUCAUUGUCUCACUGUAUAUAAACGCUCUCUGAUUGUAAGUUAAAUGGUGUCAUUCUUGAUAUAUCAUUUCUUGUACGGUCCCAAUAAAGGCCAAUUUUUGUAGCAUA